AUGGCCCUGCGCACUGGGACGACUUGGUUUGGUCAGGUCUUGCGCAGAGUUAGGUUGCAGGGAUCCUGGUCCCGGCGAUCGAGCAGCUUGCUUUGCCUGUCCGCCUCCGAUAAAGCCAUCGACGAGGAUCAGUACGUCUCGGAUAACUUGAACAACCGCUGCCGGGAUCCUGGCUGCUGCACCCGGGCUUUCUCGGUGGACCUCAGCCGUUUGGAGAAUAGGAGGGAGAGCGGACAUGAGCCGCUCACAAGCCGCUUUUUGGAGGCCAUGAAGCGGCAGAACGUGCGAACUCUAUCCUUGAUCAUCUGCACGUUCACUUACCUGCUGGUGGGAGCCGCUGUCUUCGAUGCCCUCGAGUCCGAGUUUGAAAUGGAGCAGGGUGGAAAGCUGAAGGAGCAGCAGAUUGGGCUCAAGGGCAAGUAUAACAUUAGCGAUGAAGACUACAAGCAACUGGAGGUGAUCAUCAUGCAAGCGGAGCCCCACAGAGCUGGAGUUCAGUGGAAAUUCGCCGGCUCUUUUUAUUUUGCUAUUACAGUGAUCACAACUAUAGGAUAUGGCCAUGCAGCUCCAGACACUGAUGCAGGUAAAGCUUUUUGCAUGUUUUAUGCCGUGCUGGGAAUACCACUGACCCUAGUCAUGUUCCAGAGUCUGGGAGAACGGAUGAACACAUUUGUGAAAUACCUUUUGAAACGAAUAAAGAAAUGCCUUGGCAUGAAAAGCACGGAUGUGUCUAUGGAGAACAUGGUGACCGUGGGCUUCUUCUCUUGCAUGGGGACCCUGUGCAUCGGAGCAGCUGCCUUCGCACAUUAUGAAGACUGGAACUUUUUUCAUGCAUAUUACUACUGCUUCAUCACAUUGACUACAAUAGGGUUCGGGGACUUUGUGGCUCUCCAAAAAGAUAAGGCUCUGCAGAAAAGGCCACUCUAUGUGGCCUUUAGCUUUAUGUAUAUUUUAGUGGGUUUAACGGUUAUUGGAGCUUUCCUCAACUUGGUAGUUCUCAGGUUUUUGACCAUGAACAGUGAAGACGAGCGGCGGGAUGCCGAAGAGCGAGCUUCUUUGGCGGGAAAUAGGAACAGCAUGAUCAUCCACAUCCAGGAGGAUCCCCAACAGGGUCGGCAGCGGUACAAAACCGAGGUGACAGACCUGCAGUCCGUUUGCUCUUGCAUGUGCUACAGGUCCCAUGAAUAUACCAAUCAGGUGGUAUCUCACCAGAAUUCGUUCAGUUCCCAACUCAAUCCACAGUACUUUCACUCAGUAUCUUACAAGAUAGAAGAGAUUUCACCGAGCACAUUGAAAAACAGUCUGUUCCCGUCCCCGGUGAGUUCUGUUUCACCAGGUUUACAUAGCUUCAAUGAGAAUCACAGGCUCAUGAGAAGGAGAAAGUCCAUUUGA